GUGAGCGAUUUUUGUGUGCGGACCUCUCUUCGGUCAGGAACAGCAAGAUGGUGAACGUUCCAAAGACUAGGCGUACCUUUUGCAAAGGGAAGAAAUGCAAAAAGCACACCGUUCAUAAGGUGACACAGUACAAGACUGGCAAGGCAUCACUUUAUGCCCAAGGUAAAAGACGAUAUGACAGGAAACAAUCUGGUUAUGGUGGUCAGACAAAAGUCGUGUUCCGAAAAAAGGCUAAAACCACAAAGAAGAUUGUGUUGAGAAUGGAGUGUGUGGAAUGCAAAUACAGGAAGCAGAUAGCCCUCAAGCGUUGCAAGCACUUCGAACUGGGAGGUGAUAAGAAGAGGAAGGGCCAGAUGAUCCAGUUCUAAUUUCUGUAUAAAAGUUCGCCAUAAUAAUUAAAAAAAAAUUAAAAACA